UGGUUCCACGCCAGAGGAGGCGUAUCUAGAUAGAUCCUGACCACCAAGCGGACGCGGUGGUAUCCUGCCAAGAGCGUCCGCCUCAGAUGCGCUUGGCAGAUCCGACCAAUGGCGGGCAUGUUACAGCGUCAUGGCGGCAUCAGAUGUUGAUGCUCGGCCAGUCCUCGACGGUUCGAUGUUACCCUGAGCCUGGUGACCCUCGGCGACUUGUGUUGGGACGGCGGCUCAGGCAGGUAUAGUACUGUACCAAUACCAACUGGGUUUGUUUUCCCUUCUUUUACUUCUCCAACCUCUGCUCUUUCUUUCUCUCACCUCACUCCCGCCCCACGAAACGGACCUUCCUUCAUUAUAGCUCUCUUGUGAAUCGAUCUAUCUCUCUAUUUUCUUCUAGUGCAGUGGCUGUGUCUCAGGACAAGAGAUGAGCCACAAAGGAGAUGCCCCCCCCGGCAUGGCUGGCGAGAAAUACGUCACGAACUUCGACGCCGAGGAGAAUGUCGAGCAGGUCCCGGGCGACCAUGAGCUCCAUCGUGCCCUCAAAGCCCGCCACAUCUCCAUGAUCGCCAUUGGGGGUGCAAUUGGCACAGGCCUCAUCAUCGGUACGGGAUCCGCUCUCGCAAAGGCUGGUCCCGCCUCCAUUCUUAUCUCAUACUCCGUCGUUGGUUUCGUGGUCUACCUAGUCAUGUGCGGUCUCGGUGAAAUGGCAGCAUGGUUGCCACUAUCCUCUGGCUUUACAGGCUACGCCGUGCGAUUCUGUGACCCGGCUCUCGGCUUUGCCCUUGGGUGGACCUAUUGGUUCAAGUACAUCAUUGUCACACCCAAUCAACUCACCGCUGGCGCCCUCGUCAUAUCCUACUGGAUUCACCCAGACCGAGUCAACGCAGGCGUCUGGAUCACGGUAUUCCUCGUCCUCAUCGUAACCAUCAACUACUUCGGUGUCCGCUUCUUUGGCGAAUUCGAGUUCUGGCUGUCCUCAUUCAAAGUGAUCGUCAUCCUCGGGAUCAUCCUCCUCUCCUUCAUUCUCAUGCUCGGUGGUGGUCCCGAUCACGACCGCAAGGGCUUCCGCUACUGGAAAGACCCCGGCGCGUUCAAUACCUACAUCGACGAUGGCGCUGCCGGCCGCUUCUACGCCUUCUGGGCAACCAUGGUCUCCGCCACCUUUGCCUAUCUCGGCACCGAACUCGUGGGCGUCACCGUCGGCGAGGCCGAGAACCCCCGCAAGACCAUCCCCCGGGCCAUCAAACUCACCUUCUUCCGCAUUGUCGUCUUCUACAUCCUCUCCGUCCUCCUCGUCGGCACCCUCGUCCCCUACAACUCCAAAGAACUCAUCUUCGCCACCAACCAAUCCAGCUCCGCCGCCGCCUCCCCCUUCGUCGUCGCCGUCAAACUCGCCGGAAUCCCCGUCCUCCCACACAUCCUCAACGCCUGCAUCCUCCUCUUCGUCUUCUCCGCCGCCAACUCCGACCUCUACAUCGCCACCCGCACCAUCUACGGCCUCUCCCGCGAAGGCAAAGCCCCCUCCUUCCUCUCCAAAACCGACAGCCGCGGCGUCCCCGUCUACGCCCUCAUCCUCUGCUCCUCCAUCGCCUGCAUCGCCUACAUGAACGUCUCUAGCGACUCCAAAACCGUCUUCCACUACUUCGUCGACCUCGUCACCAUCUUCGGCCUCCUCACCUGGAUCUCCCUCCUCGUCACCCACAUCUACUUCGUCCGCGCCCGGCAAGCCCAAAACGUCCCCCUCGCCGACCUCACCUACCGCGCCCCGCUCGGCACCGCGGGCUCCUACGCCGCCCUCGCCUUCUGCAUCAUCAUCUGUCUCACCAAGAGCUUCGACUGCUUCACCCAUAACAAAAAAUGGGGCACCUUCGACUAUAAAACCUUUAUUACCGCCUACCUGGGCAUUCCGCUCUACUUGAUCCUGAUCUUUGGAUACAAGCUCGUCACGCGAUGCAAGGGCGUCAAUCCCUACGAGGCGGAUCUCUGGACGGGUAAGGAUGAAGUGGAUCGGCAGGAAGAGGCGUAUGAGCAGCGUAGGGCGAUGAUGGAGGAGAAACAUGAGGGGGCGAGUUGGUUUUAUCGGAAGUUUGUGGCGUGGUUGUUUUAGGUUCUUUGCUGCGUGCGUGCGUUUCUUCGUUUGUGGGUCGGUGGUUGGGGGUGUUUGGUGAUGCUGGUUGCUAUUUACCGGUUUGCUUUUUUUGAUAAGCUCGGUUCGGAAUGAAUGCGUGCUCUUUGAAUUAGUGAGUCGAAAUCGAGGCGGAG